AUGCGUGGAGGUACCACGUCACCAGCUCAGGGAACCAAUAUCAAGGUUCUUGUAAGGGUAAGACCGCUUUUAGCUCGAGAAACCAAAGACGAUCAAGUCAAGAGCUUGGUCAGCAUGCCGGCGGAAGACCCCAAAUCAACCAUUCUUACUGUCCCAACCAACUCGUUAUAUCAUUCCCAACGAAACAAGGCUAUUAGUAGCGCACAGAAAAAGACUUCUGAAGAACAGAAGUACUACUCAUUUGAUGAAUCAGUUUGGUCAUUCGAUAGUAACCACUCGAAUUAUACCGAUAAUAGGAAAUUCUAUAACAAGACAGGACCCGAUAUUAUAGAGCAUUUCUUCCAAGGUUUCAACGUGUGUCUUUUGGCCUACGGACAGACUAGUUCGGGUAAAACGUAUACCAUGAUGGGUGAUCGAGAAGAACCGGGGAUCAUACCUUUGACCAUACGAGAUAUCUUGAACCAAAAGCAAAGGCUUGUUAAUGAAAAGAUCAAUUGCCAAUUGAAACUCCUGUAUAUUGAAAUCUACAACGAACAAGUUAAAGAUUUACUUACAAAUAAUCAACAAGAUUCGAAAAAAUGUCGAGUUAGAGAACAUCCAACUUUAGGUCCAUACGUUGAAAAUGUAACCGAAUGUAACAUUGAUCUGUAUGCGGAUUUCAUAAACUGUUUGAACAAGGGUAAUUCAAACCGUGCCACUGCAUCUACUUCAAUGAAUGAUAAUAGUUCAAGAUCUCAUGCAAUAAUAACGGUCAAUUUGAAACAAACUAAAUUUGUUUCUCAAAAUGAUAAUAAUACAAUUGGGGAAGCCGAAGAAGAAAUGGUGUCAAAUAUAAAAUUGGUCGAUUUAGCCGGUUCUGAACGAUUAUCUAAAACCAAACUCUUUGGCCAACAAGAUCGCGUUAAAGAAGGUACUCUUAUUAAUAAAUCAUUAACCGUUCUUGGAAGAUGCUUCAAUCUUUUGGCAGCAAAUUCAAGUCCAUCCUCUUGUCAAAGCUCUUCGGUGAUUCCAUAUCGUGAUUCAACAUUAACCUACAUUCUAAAAGAAAAUUUGGCCGGGAAUUCAAAAAGUUUCAUGAUUUUUUGUAUUUCUCCAAUUGAUUUUGAAGAAACUCAUCAAACCUUGAAUUAUGCCAAUCAAGUGAAGAAAAUUAAAACUGCCGCUAAAGCAAAUAAAACUAAAUUGUCCCUGGCCCCCAUUGAUUGGGAAGAGCUUCGGGCAAUGGAUCAAUCAGCAAUCCAAUCUUUGAAAGACGAGAUCAAAGACCUCACCAAUAAAUUGAAUAAUUUCGAAUUGAAUUCUUCUCCUACUUCGGUUCCUACAGAAGACAAUAAAUCUUUGAAAUUAAUCUCUUAUCUUGAUAAUGAAACUUCAAAAUUGAAAUUCGAAAAUACCUUCUUAAAACAAAAACUCCUGGAACGUGAUCAUCAAUUACAUGAAUUACAAAGCCAUGUCGAUUAUAUGGAUCAAGAAUUAUUUGGUUUCAUCAAAAGAGCCACUCAAGAUAAACUUUCUCUACAAACUGCCUCUCGCUUGGCUGAAAUUUCUAAUUUCAGCUCCUUAUUAGAACAACACCAACGCGACUUAGAACUUCAAUUAGAAGAUUACGACCCUGCAAAAGCGUUUUAA